GCAGGUUGUCUGUCGAGCGCGCGCGAGCCGAUCUCUCUCGCAGUGCAGUCCUGAGUGUCGCUUGUCGUGCGAAUCGUUGUGCUAAAUUUGUGGUGAGCAGUGAGGGUUGUUCAAAGAGAGAAUUGAGUGGAGAGCCAGAGCGAUGAUUAUAAGAUAUUCAGGGCAGAAUCGUUAAAAAACUGAUUUGCUGUAAUUGAUUACGAGGAAACUCAUUACGGCCGUAUUUACCGUGUACUCGGCUGUUUGUUAUCUGGGCUUUUUUUUUCUCAAAACAAUAGGACUUUUUCACACACGCGGCAAUAAUGUAUCCAGUGCAACGAAUGCGCGAAGCUCUUAUCGCGCAGGUUCGCGUCCAUAAAUCACAUCACAUUAAGAGAAAGAUAGCGCGGAGCUUUGAAUAUUGUCGUUUUUACGCGCGCGCAAUAAAUAAGCAGCCGAUCGAUUGUUCCGUUACUCAUAAACUUUUAUCAUACAGACCCACCGAGUAUAUUGCGCUGCUCUAACCGUCGAUUAUAAUUUCAAAUGCAUCACCAAUAAAGAAUCAUAUUCACGCACCAUACGCCGAUUUGCAAUGCAUGAAAUUUCAUUGUCCGCGUUAGCAUACUUUCGUUUGAAAAAAAAAGUAGCCGAGAAUGCCACUCACGUAUCAAACGGAAAAAUAGAGUGAAAGACACUCUCGCAACGACACCCCGCGGCGUUUAGAACUCUGCGUCUUCCUAGAAAGAGCCCGUGUGUCAUCGGAGAAAAUUUCGAAUUUACGCGCGAAUCACGAAGCGACUCCUUUUUUCGCGCGCACACAUCGAGCCGUCAACGAUUUGCAUAUACGACGACGUUUACGCGCGCAGCCGAUUUAUGCGAGAAUCUUCCUUCGUACACACGGAGUGUGAGAAUACGUCGCGCGCGUUUCUUUCGAGAAUGUCAAUGCAGUGCUUUUUUUCGGCGCGCAGUUUGAAUUUCAAUUUUUAACAGAGCGACAGAGACAAGACUGAGAAUUCAAAUGCGCGAGUUAUUUGCAGAAGAGUAGUGUCGCGCCGUUUUUCAGGAGGAGGAGUAGGCUCGAAUUUAUUUACUCGGGCCGCUGCUGCAGCCGGUGCAGCCCGGCACUUGAAUACAUACCGCGAGCGAGGUUUACAGUGUAUCGUAAAUUUGGCCGGUAAUACGGUGAUUUAGUGGGCGCGCGCGUAUGCGGCUAAAUAUAGCGGAUUUGCUUUUGGACUGUCACUGUAAACCGCGUGAUUGAUUGCUCGGAAGAUUUUGUUUUGUUAAUCUUUUGUAAUUAGACGCGCGCUGAAUAGAGCCGUUAUACGCGCUCAUUUUUACGGCAGACGAUUUGCGCGCUGAUUUCUCGGGAAACGAGAGAACGUGCAAGAAACGUUAAAAAAAUUAAAGCGCGAUUUGACGAAUUAAUAACCGCAAUAAAUACAGAGCGAUAGUCGUGCAACAAAACUCGACCGAUAACAAUUAAUCAUCAAUAUUCUCGGAAGCUCAUCCCCCGAGAGCAGCCGAUAAAACUCCUCCUCUCUCCGAGUUCAUAUCGUCUCGGUAUCAAUAUAAUCUCCCUCUCGAGUGCGCGCCGGGCACUUGUGACGGGUUAUAUAUCCGAAAGAGUCGCGUCUCGCCGACGCCAAAAACUCGAAAUGAAAGCGCGCGAGAAGAGCUUCGCGGCUAAUUAAAGUCUCUCUCUCUCUCUCUCUCUCUCUUCUCGUUCCUUCGAGGAAGAAGGGGUUAUCAGGGCGUCGUUUGUUCUCGGAGGUGGUCGGCUCUUCCACGAUACUUACAAUUCUACAUUCGGUUUAUCGAACGCAUAUCGCAUACAGCAACGAGGAAUCGAAUCGUUACAGCUUAUAUUCCGAGAAAAGCCGCGCAAUCAUCGCUCUCGCUCUUCAUUCAAUUAUCCCAGAGCACAAAGGGCUCUCGGCGCCGCUGCAACACGAACCGUCCGAAAAGCCGUGAAAAAAAGGCCAACAAAGCGAGAUACACGCGCUGCACCUACAACAUGCCAUCACCGCUACGCCAGUAAGAGAGCUGCGAAGAGAGAAAAAACGGGAAGCGAGACGAGAGAGAAAGGAUGCUAGAGCUCGUGGAGCGUAAGGCUGGCGGAAUUUCGUGGCCGAGGGCUACUCCGCAGCCGAGUGCUGGUAAUAAGGAUAAUAAAAAUUUGGGUAAGGAGCAGCUCGCGAGAAGAAAGCCCGCGGCGGGGAAGAGAGCCGGAGCCGAGCAACAGUGGGUGAGAAGAAGCAGCAGAGGCCUGCUGUGCUCUCUCGGUGGCUGCGAGGACUAUUACACUCCCGACACGAUCGGCACCUGGAAGUUUCAUCGCGUAUCGCGCGCCAGUCAUGAGGGGAUGAGCGCUGGAGGCGAUGGCAGCGGCGGCGGUGGUGGUCUCGGCGGGGUACAGGGCGGCAGGAACACACCUCCCCAUGGAUCGCCCACCCCCAUGGACAAAGCGACCCUCAAGGUUCACCUUCCCAAUGGCGGCUUCAACGUGGUCAAAUUCGGCGACGCCAUCGACGUCAAGGGGAUCAUAUCGCUGGUCACCAGCAGACUGGCAGCUGGCACGAGGCACUACAGGAACCUCUACGCCAUGAGGCUACACCAUCCGGGCUCCGGGGAGAGCUACUGGCUGCACCAAGACACGACUAUGUACCAGGUGCAAGAGAAGUACGAGAAGAAACACCCCCACAGCGAGUGGAGGUACGAACUGAGAGUGCGCUAUCUGCCGCAGAAUCUGAACGAUCUCUACGAGAAGGACAAAGUGACGUUUUACUACUACUACGAUCAGGUGCGAAACGACUACUUGACCGCGAACCACGCGACGCUGGACCAGGAGGUGGCAGUUCAGCUGUGCUGCUUGGAAAUCCGAUACUUCUUCAAAGACAUGCCGCAGAUAGCUCUCGACAAGAAGAGCAAUUUGGAGUAUUUGGAACGAGAGGUGGGCCUGCACAAAUUCUUGCCGCGCUCGGUACUGAACGGCAUGAAGCCGAAAGCUCUGCGCAAGCUCAUACAGCAGCACUUUAAGAAAGUCGCCGCGCUCUCCGAGCUCGAGUGCAUGUACAAGUUUUUCGAUCUUCUCCGAGCCCACUACAGGUUCGAUCAGGAGAGGUUUAUCUGCGCCUUGGGGACGAGUUGGUCUAUUCCUGUAGAACUAGUCAUUGGUCCGGAUCUCGGCAUAUCGUGUAUGGCUCAUCGUGGUGGAUCGGUUCCAACGAGGAUGGCGGAAUUCACGAAAAUCCAGUCGAUCCAAACGCUCGUCUCUGACUGUAAGGAGCAUGCUAAGGCGUGCAUCAAGCUCAGAGUAGCCGGUGCCUCCGAAACCCUCAGUAUUAUUUGUUCGAGUCUCGAUCAGGCUGAGAGCCUGGCUGAUUUGAUAGAUGGAUACUGCAGAUUGAUGACAGGAAGCAACACUUCGCUAUGGAAUAGAAAAGCUGCUUCUUGGAAAAACUAUCCCUGUCCUUGCAAAGAUGCCCAUCCACCAAAGUACAGGCAAGAUGGUACUGAAAGUCCAGAAAAGAAUGCUGGAAAGACUGGAACAAUAUUAUCUGAAGAUUAUGCAGAAAUAGUCGACGAAGAGGGAGACUAUUCUACACCGGCGACUCGAGAUUAUGAAAUAGUCAGGAAUCAAGUUGAGUUGGGAGAAAUAAUUGGAGAAGGACAAUUUGGAAAUGUUCACAAAGGCUCCUACAAGGGGCGGGAUGGUCAAACCAUACAAGUGGCUGUUAAAACUUGCAAAGUUGAUGCAGAUCUCGCUACGUCAGAAAAAUUUCUUGAAGAAGCUUACAUAAUGCAGCAGUUCGAGCACCAGCACAUCAUCCGUCUGAUAGGCGUAUGCUCGGAGGCGCCGAUCUGGUUGGUGAUGGAACUGGCGAAGCUCGGCGAGAUGCGCGCAUAUCUCCAGUCCAACAAGCACCGACUAGAUCUCGCGACGCUUCUCCUCUACACGUUCCAGCUGAGCACCGCCCUAUCUUACCUUGAGAGCAAGAAGUUCGUGCACCGGGACAUCGCCGCGCGUAACGUCCUCGUCUCCGCGCACAACUGUGUCAAGCUCGCCGACUUCGGUCUCAGUCGUUGGGUCGAGGACCAAAGCUACUACACCGCCAGCAAGUGCAAGCUUCCCAUCAAGUGGAUGGCGCCCGAGAGCAUCAAUUUUCGCAGAUUCACUACCUCAUCCGACGUCUGGAUGUUCGGUGUCUGCAUGUGGGAGAUACUGAUGUUUGGCGUUAAACCCUUCCAGGGGGUGAAGAAUAACGAAGUCAUCGGUAAAUUGGAGAACGGAGAGAGAUUAGCUUUGCCAAGUCAUUGUCCCCCAAGGCUGUACUCGCUCAUGUCCCAGUGUUGGAGCUAUGAACCAAGCAAGAGGCCGACUUUCAAAGACAUUCGAGAAAAUUUACAUGAAAUUCUCAUUGAGGAACGACAUCAGCAGCAGGAGAGUGUUCGCAGGGAAACCCGUAGAGUUCAGGCUAUGUCAUGGGUGGGAGGUGACGAAGUCCAGCCAGCUGGUACGAAAUCCGCCGGCUUGAGUCGCCAGAGUUCCAGCACGACGCCAGACCAGUCGGAUCUGUCCGCCCCGGUGUCCACGUACAUCGUCGCCCAGAGUCCGGAGGUGCUCGCCCAACUGAUGAAGGAGAGCCAGGCACGAGGGGUAUGUCCCUCGGUGUACACGACCCCCGCGACCCCCUUCAACUCGCUGGCCGUGCAGUUUCAGGACGAGGAUAAGGUCCUGACCACGGCCAUCGUAUCCGAUCUGCCCUUCGCCGAGGCGCUCGUACCCAGUUCCGAGGCUCAGACUUCCCUGACCUCCGAUCACUCGGCUACCCUAUCCGAGUCCAACCUUGACUCGAUUGAGUCCUCCGACACCAUCUCCUCCUUCCUGUCGAAUCUCAGUAUCUCCGAGUCGGUUCAGAGCCAGAGCCAGUCUCCCAACGUUGCUCGCAAACAGUCACAGCCCAAUCAGCAGGUCAAAGACCUGCAACAGGGUAGUUUAUAUCCCGGUCAGAAAGCGACAGUCGGUAGUAUCACGGGAGACCUGUACUCGCCUGUGCAGAAGUUCUCAAUGGCUUCGUCAUGUGCUGCACAGGCACAAGAGAUAUAUGGGCCCGUGGCAAAUUUCAGUCAGAGCUCGGUUAUCGUGGGUAAUCUCAGUCAAAGCCCGAGUUUGGCAGGCAAUUUUGCCGAAGCUUGCCCGGCUGAGCAGAACUUUGGUCCGUCGAGCCUCGAUUUCGGUCAGUCUUCUUGCCCCAGCAGCAGCUCUGCCGCGGCCACCUCCUCUUCCUCCUCCAGCACAACAGCUGCUACCCCGGAGAACCUCUACGGGCCGGUGAUGAAGUUCCGCGCACAGACAGCCGCGGUCUCCGAACAAAGCGGUGGCUACAUGCAGAACGCUCGGGGUGUGAGCUAUAUGAGUGGCGCUGCGGCACCAGUCUAUCAGUCGCAAUCUAUGUAUCCCCAAAACUACCAGCAGCAGCAACAGAUAUACUCGAACGUCUCUCAGUACUCGCAGUUCUCGCAAAAUUAUCAACGACAGAAUUCGAUGCAGAGCUCGGCUGCUCCGAUCUAUACGGUCCACGCGACCCCUACUUCUGUCGUGCAAGCCCAGAAGCUGCAGCAACAGCAGCAGCAGCAGCAUCAGCAGCAACAGUGCACGAGCUACGCCCACCACCCAGUUGUGCAGACUCAUUAUGCCGCACAGACGAGGCAGUCCGCUAUGCCUCAGGUGGGCAAGGUCUUCGUGGCCAAUGCAACAGCUGUGAAUGCAAGCUCGCAAGGUUGUGCUGCUGGGGAGAACGGAAAGGAUAGUAACGGGUUUGGCGAGGGCACGUUUGAGGAGGCGGCACAACAGCAGCACGAGCAGCAGCAGCAGCAGAGAAAUGCACAAUCUCAAAUGUUUGAGAGCACAGGCGAUUUUAAUCCACGUGUCGAAGACGAACAGCAGUUUUUGGAGAAACGUUUGCUUGAGCAGCAGCGUCAGUCCGAAGAGGAUAGCCGAUGGCUUGCACGAGAAGAGAAACGUCUCUCAAUCGCAACGAGCGGUGACGAGAGCGCGAGCCCGCCUAUCCCACGGUCUGUCACGCAAUCACCGAAUCACGAACCUCACACCACCAAUACAGGAUCUCUCGGCUCUGACAAAGGAUCCGAUAAAAUUAUCGUAGUCAAGAAAAUGGAACCGACACCCACAGCAGACCUCGACAGAACGAACGACCGAGUCUACGAUUGCACGACCAGUGUUGUUCGAGCCGUGAUGUCUUUAUCACAAGGUGUUCAGCAGAGUCAAGCUGCCCAGUACCUAGAUCUCGUAAGGCGAGUCGGUAUUGAGCUACGAGCACUUCUCUCGUCGGUCGAUGCUCUCGUCGAGAUACUCCCCGUGACCGCUCACCGAGAAGUCGAGAUGGCACACAAGGUGCUCAGCAAGGAUAUGGGCGAGCUCGUCACUGCCAUGAAGCUGGCACAAAACUACAGCGCCACGACCCUUGAUGCUGAAUAUCGCAAGGGUAUGCUAUCAGCCGCUCAUAUCCUGGCGAUGGAUGCUAAGAAUCUACUAGACGUAAUAGAUUCAAUUCGCAUUCGAUUCCCCUACGUGGAUAGUCAGAUUUGCCAAAGGCACAAUGAGAUGUCUAACUCUCGAAACUCUGGACAAGAGAGUCGCAUGCGCUCGAGCCAGUCGGGUGAACAGUUGCUUAGGAGAAGUCAAUCCAGCGAGAGGCAGCAGAAUCCUGGCUUCAGACAGAGUCAGAGCGGAGAUCUUUUGCAUAGAAUGGGACAAUCCGUCGAUCGAGGCUCUCAAGCUAGCCAGCCGGAUGGUAGCACGAUAUCGAGUUUGGAGCGACGGCAUCACAUGGUUAACAGCCUCGAGCGUAAUUCAACGACUAGGCGCCAAAUGGCCACCAACAGUCUCGAGCGAAAGAGACCGUCGCUCUCCUGCAAUAGCGGGAACUCUAUGAAUCUUCCACCUGUUGUACCGGUCACCUGCAGCAUCGUCCAGACCAAGACGCCAAUCAUUCAUCAACACCAAACGUCUAUGGCGACCGACAUCAGCCAAUCUUCUGUUUUUAACAAUAAACUGGGCAAAGAGGUCCAGUCAAACGACAGCUAACGAUGAGGUGACCUCACUUGUCUAGUAAAAUCGUCAAGCUCAAAUGAUUGACGUGGAAAGUGACAGAUCUGUCGAUGGAACUUCAUGUUUCGAAAGUGAUGAGAAAUGCAUUAGAUUAAUGUUGAGACAUGCAGAAACUUACUAAAUUUUUGAGAUGCGAUUCCAAACAUUUAUCUUAAAAUUUUUUCUUUUUAUUCGUAUUUCACUUUUUUUUUCUUUCAUUAUUCUAAUGUAUUUUCAAAUACUCCAAUCGAUUUUUGUAUUUGAUUUCGUUGACAGCGUACGUUGUAAAUAUUAUAAACCGAGCGAAAAGUUACCUUAUCGCAUUUUCGGCAAAGAGCGUACGGUUCUUGACGCUCGCAUUUGUUCUCCAGUCAUCUAUAUAUUGAUCACGAUUUGUUUGAUUUGUCAGCCGGACAAAAUUUUAUCUCUCUAUCUAAAAGAAAAAGAAAAAAACGUACUUAUACAUAGGACAGUAUUCACUAGCGAUAGUUACAUCGAUAAAAAUAAUUUAAGUCACGGAUACUAUUAUAUCGAAAUCGCUACUCCAAAGCUUUAGAAUUACCGUUGCGAUAUUUGUUAUACAUAAAUUAUAUACAUAACGACAUCAAUUAUAAGGUGACGUAUAACAUAUUUAGUUUGAACGUGUUUAUUUUUUAUAAUCCUCUUUUUUAUUUUCUAUCCUCGAUGCAAAUAUAAAAUUAUAAUCACUAAAGACGUUGAUGUACCUAUAGUCGCAUUAUUCGCUAAUACGUAUUUGAUUGACUUUCAGUCGCGGUCAUUUGUUACCUCGCGUCACCUGUCGUUGGUAGUCAGUUAAAUAUUAUUAUAUAUGUACGAAGUUAUAUUGUAUAAAUCUGUAUUUGUAUAUUUAAAACAAAAGACGAGGCGUUCGCUAUUACGACUAUGUGAUCAGAAUUUAGUUCUUUAUAAUAUUGUAGAGUCGAUAACUUUACGACAGAUUGUUUUUUUAAAAACGAGUUCGUAAUUCGAUAGUCUAUUUCCUAAUCAUGUACGCAUAUGCGCACAUAAAUAUUACAUAGACGUAUAGAAAAAAAUAAUUAAAUACGCGCUGUGCAAAAUCGAUUAUAUACAUGAUGUAAAGAGUGCGACUGAAUGUUCUAUUUCUACUUAAGUAAUCAAUUAGCGAUUCGUACUGGCUUGUGACGUUUUAUAUAAAGUAUGAGGAAAUAAAAAAAACAGAAACGAUCAGUCAUCUUUGGUGGUAUGCAUCAGUUCCUAUCAAAGGCACACGUUUUACAAAUUCUCAUCCCUUGCGACGGAAUAGCAUCAUCUAAUUAGCUCAUAUGCAAUAUUAAGGCGCUUUGCCAUCGAUGAAUUAUGCAAAGCAAUAUUUUUGCCGAGAACGAGAGACAACAUUUAGGAAAAAAAAGAAAAAAAUAAACAAGUAUAUAACUUAGUAUACACAAUAAUGACACAAUAAACUGCAUUGAAAGAAACUACUCUUCAAAGUACAGCACUGUUAAUUAUUAACUUUCUAUCUGAUAAUUGACAUAUGCAACUAUAGGUUCUAUAUGAUUCCAGGUAUAUAUUAAUUAUUCAAAUGAAUGCAUUUAUAAAAUUUACAGUUUAAUACUCAUUUUAUUAAUCGUGAUAGAGAAACUAAAAAAAUAUUGUCAUCUCGUUUAAAGGUAUUUGUAAAUUUGUGUAAAUGUAAUGAUGUAUGAUUAUAACAAUUAUUAAUUAUAAUAUAUCAGUAAAUAAAUGACACUUCUGAUUUUAAA